UCGACCGGGCCGGGAUCACGUGAUGCAUGCGGAGACCCCGGAGACGAUCGAUGAGGCGGUGCAACCAUGUCGGUACAGAUCCGCUCGCCAAGCUGCAACAAGCUGCUGUGGCACCGCUCUGCGUGGCGGCGUACACCGGAUCAAAGCAGCGAAGUUCGGAUAUCGGUGCGUGGACUGGCGCGCUGCUGCCUCUGGCUGGCUUUGGCUGGCGUCGGCUGGCUGGCUUAUGGCUGCGAUGGCUCCAUGGCUCGAGACAGGAAUGUUCCUGGUGUGGCUGAAAGCGGAAACGUCACGCGUGCGACAUAUAUAUCUCGCGCUGCGCGGUCUUGCACCCCACUCCGUCAUGUCCCCACCCGUCGAGUCCGCCCUGUCCGCCGAGUUCGUCGAGUGCGUCGAGCCCGUCAAGUCCGUCGAGUGCGUCGAGUCCGCCGAGUGCGUCGAGUGCGUCGAGUCCGCCGAGUCCGUCGAGUCGCACUAUCUCGCGCGCGGCGGUUCACCCUCUUCGCCAGCACUCACGCCGCUCCGCGCGCCCCCCGUGGCCGUGGCGCGCGGUGCGCUCGCCUUCGUGCUCCGCCUCCCGCCGUGUGCCGAGUCGCGCUUCGUCCUCGACUGCCUCCCGGACCCCGUGGGCGCCGUAUUCCAUCUCCUGUGCUAUGCGCGCGCGCGCCUCCGCCCCAGCCCGGGGUGGGGGCGGUCCCGCAUCAUCGUGGAGGUGCGUGAGGGCGCGGCGCGUGCGGCUGACUGGCGCGCCGGGCGGAUCGUGGUUGCCCGCGAGUGGGCGCGGGGGCUAAUGGGCGACGCGGCGGGCGGGCGCGCACAGCAUGACAUUGCCGCGGAGAUCAAGGGUGUUUGUGAGUGUGCGUGCGGGCGUGCUGAUGACGUGUUACAUCAGGCGGCGCGGUGUUUGCAAUACGACGCGAAUGGGACCGCACCGGAAUGGCUGCUCGAUGCCGUGGCGGAUGCGGUGCGGAUUGGGGGACAUUUGGGGGAUCCGGCGUGGGUCGUGGGACGGGGAGAGAGGGGGUGGGAGGAGGGAGGAGGUGGCUUGUUCCUCGCGUGGCUUAUGGGCGAGGGCGGCGGCGGCGACGGCGACGGUGACGGUGAGCGGUAUGCCGGUCGGCUGGAGAAGACGGAUACGCCGCCCAGGUAUCGCCGAGGGCCAUUCCCCGACCUCGUCCAGCUGCUCGACGGCGCCUGCGCCCUGCGGACCUACGACGAGAGCUGGUGGAUCGAGUUCUGCGGCGCACCCCUGCCGCAGCUGUGGGCCGAGUUCCUCGACGCAUGACGCACCAGCUGCGGUCGCAGUUGUACACAUUAUACAUACCCUGCACAGGAUAUCACAGCACAGGCAAUUGGACCUUGUAGGCCCCUUGUAGAUUCUAGACAUUGCACCAUCGGACUCUUGUUACACUGUGCACCAGCCAGUGAUGCGGCACGCGG